AUGCACUGGAGAUUUACCACAGCUAAUGAAGUACUUGUAAAGAAGCGAAAAGGACUGGCUAUCGCAACACCACCUAAAUUCACCACCCAAAUUCAACUGCAAACUAUAUCAGAGGAAAAUUCCAAAGUGGUCCAAGGCCCCAAGAAUCAAUACAUCGCCAACGAACCUGUAGAACGUCUCUCGCCACUGUUUGCCAACCGAAAGCUAUUUUUGAUCUCUUUUAACUUUGCCAACCAGAUUAUCUAUCCUCGAGAGAACGAUGUAAAAGCAGCUUAG